CGGGACGUCCGGUAGAGAGCGUCACGUCCGGGGAGAGGAGGGGAGAGGCUGGUUGUUGUCGGCGGCGGCGGCUUUAAGGGGCGGAUGGCGGCCACCGUGCAGCUGCGGCGGAACCGCCCGGGGACCAGAGCGCAGGACUUCUACAAUUGGCCCGAUGAGUCACUGGAUGAGAUGGACAGCACGCUGGCUGUUCAACAGUACAUCCAGCAGAGCAUCCGUGACGAUGCCUCGGACAUCGAGAAGAUUCUAGAACCCCCGGACGGGCAAGAUGAGGGGGUGUGGAAAUACGAGCACCUCCGCCAAUUCUGCCUGGAACUGAAUGAUCUGGCCGUCAAACUACAGAGUGAGUGCCACUCAGACACGUGCACACAGAUGACUGCCACAGAGCAGUGGAUCUUCCUGUGCGCCGCUCACAAGACCCCCAAGGAGUGUCCAGCCAUCGACUACACCAGACACACUCUGGAUGGAGCAGCCUGUUUACUCAACAGCAACAAGUAUUUCCCCAGCAGGGUGAGCAUCAAGGAGUCGUCGGUGGCCAAGCUGGGCUCCGUGUGUCGGCGUAUUUACCGAAUCUUCUCCCACGCUUACUUCCACCACCGCCAAAUCUUCGAUGACUAUGAGAACGAGACCUUCUUGUGCCACCGUUUCACCAAGUUUGUCAUAAAGUACAACCUGAUGUCCAAGGACAACCUGAUCGUCCCCAUCCUGGAGGAAGAGGUCCAGACUCCCGUGGUGUCCGGGGAGAGUGAGGCGUGAGAUACAGGGGGAGCCCCCCCAUCCCCCUCCACGUGCACACCCACCCUCUCCUCCCCUCCCUUCACCCCAUCACCUCUUUCCCCCCCCCCCUUCAUGCACACA